CUCUCCUCACAAACAGCAAACCGACUGACUCCAGUCCACACAAGGCAAGGCAGACCCGAAUCGUCUUCGUCGUCGUUGUUGCGAAGAGACAUACUAGUGGAGGAGUAGGCGGCCAUGUCCAACGUGCCCACCUCCCUACGCGACUCCCCCCUCACCGUCUUCCGCCUCGCCAUCUCCAGCUCCGACCCGUGGCCCUUCUCUUCCUGCCUCUAACCACCAGCCCCUCGAGUCCGUCCCUUCCCCUUGUUCUUCUUGCAACCGAGCAGCGACCAACCAAGCAAGCGACACCGAUCGAGAGCUCCACCGAUCUGGCGACCGUCAUGCCCGGAAAGCACCAGCAGCACAUGACGGCAACGGCAACGGCGGCGGCGGCGGCAGCAGCGCCCAAGGGGUGCGUGACGGUGCGCGUGGGCCUGGAGGGGGAGGAGCAGCGCCGGUUCGCGGUGCCGCUGGGCCACCUCAAGCACCCGCUCUUCGGCGCGCUGCUGGAGGAGGCCGAGCGCGAGUACGGCUUCCGGCACCAGGGCGCCCUCGCCAUCCCCUGCCGCGUCGACCGCUUCGUCCAGCUCGAGCGCCUCAUCGGCCGGGACCUCCACGGCGCCUGCGCCCACCACCUCGUCGACCUCGACGGCGCCGCCGCCGCCGCCGCGCAGCACCAGCACCAGCACCACCUCCACCUGCCGCGCUUCGUUGGCUGCUUCCGCGCCUGACGACACGGUCCGUCCGUCCGUCCGUCGAGGCGGUCGCUGCUGCUUGUUUUACUACUUGAUUAACCAGCCUUUGGUGUGGCUCGUCCUCCCUCUCCGGAU